AGUUAGCACUUGGCAGCAGAAGAAGAAAGGGGGGAGUCGAGUUUGGAGUUUGGACGGAUGGAAACUCCAACAAAAUCAGCUCAAGCUACGGCUCAACCUCUCACUGUCGACAGUGUCAGAGCUCUCUUCGAUUCCGUCGACGCUUUUCUCUUUGACUGUGAUGGUGUGAUCUGGAAGGGCGAUAAGCUCAUCGACGGCGUCACUCAAACUAUCGAUUUCCUUCGAUUCAAGGGCAAAAAGCUCGUUUUUGUCACCAACAAUUCAUUCAGAUCCCGAAGGCAAUAUGCUGAAAAGUUCCGAUCUUUGGGAAUCACAGUUUCUGAGGAUGAGAUAUUCUCUUCUUCUUUUGCUGCGGCAAUGUACUUGAGAGCCAAGAAUUUCCCACCAGAAAAGAAGGUUUAUGUGAUAGGUGGUGAAGGCAUACUAGAAGAACUACAGCUUGCUGGCUUCACAGGUAUUGGCGGUCCGGAAGAUGGCGACAAAAGGGUAGAGCUGAAGUCGAAUAACCUCUUUGAAUAUGAUACAAGUGUUGGAGCAGUUGUGGUUGGUUUAGACCCACAUAUCAAUUAUUAUAAGCUUCAGUAUGGAACUCUUUGCAUACGUCAAAACCCAGGGUGCCUUUUCAUUGCCACCAAUCGCGAUGCAGUGGGGCAUAUGACAGAUUUACAGGAGUGGCCUGGUGCCGGUUGUAUGGUUGCUGCCAUUUGUGGAUCAACUGAAAGAGAACCUGUUGAAGUUGGGAAACCAUCAACCUUCAUGAUGGAUUUCUUACUGCAGAAACUCAGCAUCAGCAGCUCCAGAAUGUGCAUGGUGGGCGAUAGAUUGGACACUGAUAUUUUAUUUGGACAGAAUGCAGGCUGCAAAACUCUCCUUGUUCUCUCAGGUGUGACGUCGGAAUCCAACCUCCUAGAUACCUCAAAUACCAUCCAACCAGAUUAUUACAGCAACCAGGUGUCAGACAUCCUUAAAUUACUUGGACCAUGACCUGAUUGAUUGCUGGUCAUUUAGUCAUUCUUUGAUGCCUGUUCGACAACGCUGCAGAUAGCGAAAACUAUAACUUAUGUCGGUACGAUGUAUUGGCAUCCGUCUUGAAUGUUUCAAAUAAUAUUCAUGCGAUACUAUUCUGAGCUUGUUACAAAUCUUACUUCUUGAUGAAUUUUUCAAAUGGUAAUGGUGAUUUAUAUUAAUAUCUUCAUUUUGAAUGCGCUUAUGUCUAACAUUUCUAGAGAUGUCGACGAGCGCCUCGUUUCCUUGGUUUC